GAUGGAUAAUAGUAAGAGAGGAGGAAAAGUUGGAAAAGUACCAGCACCACAGGGCUGCGGGGCCAAGCAAAGGAAAAAAACAAAAACAAAAAAGGACAAACACGAAAAAAGAGGGGAGCGGAUCAAUUAAUAGAACGGAGUAGCAGCACGCCAGCACUGACAUGCAGCAAGAAGAGAAACGAGGAGAAAGAAAACAAUCAGUUCGUCAGCUAUCAUCUCUCAAUCAUAACUUGAGGUUUUGGGGGAGGGAUUAGGGAUAAGAGUUGAAGAUGAUUGUUUGUGUGACCGGAGGUGCUGGUUACCUUGCCUCGUUUCUCAUCAAGACAUUGUUGGAGAGGGGCUAUACAGUCCAUGCAACUCUCAGGAAUCUAGGUGAUCCAGCAAAGGUGGGACUUCUAAAGGAGCUUCCUCAUGCAGAAACGAAAUUGAAGUUGUUUGAGGCAGAUGUAUACAAACCUGAUGAAUUUGCUCCUGCCAUUAGAGGUUGUCAAGUGGUGAUCCAUAUGGCUACUCCUUUGCAGCACACCCAACAAAGCACUGAGUACAAAAAUAUGUGGGAGGCUACUGUUGCUGGAGUUAGGAGCAUUGCGGAUUCGUGUAUAAGAUCGGGGACUGUAAAGAAACUUAUUUACACAGCCACCGUGAUGGCUGCAUCUCCAUUGAGGGACGAUGCAACUGGUUUCAAGGACGCCAUGGACGAGACUUGUUGGACUCCUUUUGAUUUCCGAACCCUUUACCAUAUUGAUUCAUUCGUGGACUACGCGAGAUCAAAGACAUUAGCGGAGAAAGAAGUGUUGAGCUACAAUGGGAAAGGCAACAUACAAGUUGUUUCUCUUGUUACUGGCGCUGUUGGAGGCCGUGAAACGCUUCAAUCAUGGAUGCCAGAAAGCUUGGGUUUGAUGGUCUCACAAGCUACAAAUGACAAAACAAGGUAUGAAGUGCUGAGGUUUAUAGAGGAGUUGGAUGGUAAAGUUCCAAUUGUACAUUUGGAAGAUGUAACUGCAGCCCACAUUUUCUGCAUGGAAAAUCCAGAAAUUAAUGGCAGGUUUCUUUGUGCAAAUUCCUAUCUAAAGUCCGCCGAGAUUGCGUCUUUCUAUCAGCACCACUUCCCUGCCAUCACAAUCCCUCAAGAGUUCAUUGAGGAUACAAGGAGGGAUAUAAAGUGGAAUUCAAGCAAACUGGAAGAUGCAGGUUUUGAGUACAAAUAUGACUAUAAGACGAUACUUUUGGAUAGUCUGGAAUGUGCCAAGAGAUUCAGCAACCAUUUUACUGAAGUAUAGUGGGCUAAACUAGUUGUUUGGCCCAAGUGCCUCGGGGGUUUUUGACUGACCCUGAAUUGCAGAGAAAAACUUACCAAAAUUGUAUUAAUUUCUUCAAAUAAGGAGAGAGAUAAUUUAUUUACUCAUAUUUAUGUGGCUAACUCACAUGCCACAUGUGCACCGUGCACAUUGUAGCAUUGGAGAUGCUCUUACUCUCCUUUUUUGAACAUCAUGUCUAAGCCUCUCAUUUAAUUUCUAUUUUAUGAAAUAAUUAGCACUCUUAUAUGCUAGAUUAAUCA